AUGGCCACGUCCUUGAUGGCGCCAGAUUUCUGGUGCUGUGUCGUUGCUACAGUCGUGCUCCGUCUUUGUGCGUUGCCAUCAGUUGACUUACAGCAGAAGGAUGUGGAGACCGUCAUUCUGUUUCUCAACGCCUUAUGUGUUGGGAUAGGAUAUGGUAUACCGCCGGAGCUGAUCCCCGCACUUUGCGCCGGGAGAUUGCUUCUUGCCUUGAUGUUUCUAAAUCCAGUUCAUGCUCUCUGGACCAACUUGGCUUUAUCUCCAUUCUACAUCAGCAUUGCGGUCUCCUUGAAUCCGGGUGGGUCGGUAACUGCAACGAUUUUCAACGAAUUGUUUCUUAUUGCACAGCUGACACUGGUUUGCGUGUAUGUUGAUGUAAAUGUGAAGAAGGCGGAGGCCAGUACAAUAUCAAUGGAAACGAAGACCAAAGAAGCUCACACAAGCGUGGCUGCUGCAUGCCGGCUUUUGAGUGUGACAUGCGACUCUUUUGUUCAGCUCACCGCAGAUUUACGGAUAAAAGAUCCACAGCGAUCCUUUCUGGAACUUCUAGCAGGGGGCUACAACUUGGAAGGAGCUUCAAUGAUUGAUUUGAUCAGUCCAGCUGAUCGAAACCGGUUCCUUGAUGUGAUCUCAGAGUCUGACGAGAAUUCUCGAGACGGGAAUUCAGUCGACCUUCCUGCUCGAUCUUUGUCUUUGCAGCUACUGGAUACGCUCGGUACGACCUUGGAAGCGCGGCUCUACUUUGUCCAGAUUCCAAGCACUGAUUCUUCGGAAACACGUGCGGAACACUUGAUCGGGAUCACUGAGAUUGUCAGCAAUCAGGUGGUCGCCAGUCGCGCUGGCUCAAGGGCUGACACUGAAGAUAUGAGGCUGGCAUCGAUCGACAUUUCAGAUGUUUUCAAGUCUUUCGCGCUGCUGCCAGUUGGGCACUUUCGCACUGGUAGCGGAGCCGGUAAUACACCGGCUCCAGCUGCGUUGGCCAUGGCGAAUCGAGAUGAUUCUGGCUACAAAGGCCUGUACCGAGACGACGAAGUGGUCGUUGACAAGGACGGAGUGCCGCAUUACAGCGGCGCAGAUCCUGGCGAUGGAAAAGAUGCCCAAGAAGAAGCCCGAGAUCUAGCAAAGAAGCAACAGCGAUUUGCCAAGAAGCUGUUGGACGCCCUGCAUGGCGAGGCCUGGCGAUGUUGUCAGGUGUUGAUCGAAGACAUUGCCAAGUUGCGAGAGAAAGAUGGUUACAAGCAUGUGUUCAAAUGCUUGCAGAGCAUUGAGAAGGUGACCGUGAUCAAGAAGACCGAAGCAUUUGACACCUUCUUCGAGAAGUGCCAUCGUCGCAAAGGUCAGAGCAUUGAUGCAUUUCUUCGUAUGCAGUCCCAGGCAUGGUCAGAUUUGCAAGAUCUCACAGAUGGCAGUACGACAAUGUCAGAAGACCUUCGCACCUACUUCCUCCUCAAGCAUGUUGGAUUGUCGAAAGAUGACCGAAGGCAGACUUUGUUAUCGAAUCAGUCCAACUACACCAUGGAGGGUGUUGAGCAGGCAUUGCGUGUGUCGUACUAUGAUGUGCAUGAGCGCGAGAAGUCGCGCAACCAUCGUGAUUGGGGCAACCACCAGCGUGGACAUCAGAGUUACAAGAAGAAGCGCUAUGCCCAUGCAGUCACGGAGGAGCCCGACAUCCCUGAGGAUUGUGAGCAGUAUGAGACCGCGUCGGAGACCACGAUUGAAGAUACCGUCGCAGUGGAGGACUAUGAGGAAGAGGGGCCCGGUGAGGCCAAUUCCGAUGCUGGAGCCUCAGGUGAUGAUGAAGUUUUCGAGGCCUAUGCGGCCAUGGAUCGGCAGCGCAAGUCCUACAAGGAGAGCCGCAAGCACUUGCGCACGUUGCAGAAGAGCAGAGGCUUUUUCCAUGGCGAUGUGAAGGGUGAGAUCAGCAUUGAAGAUCGCAAGGCCGCAGUUCAGAAGGAGAAGCAGCGCACACGCUGUGCGGCAUGUGGCAAGAUUGGCCAUUGGGCGGGCGAUCAGGCUUGGACCUCAUCCAAGAUUGGCCCGAAGAAGUUCGACAAGAAGAAGGGCUCAGGCAAGGGCAAGUCAAAGGGCAAGGCAUACCUCGCGGGUGAAGCUCCUUCCUUUUUUUCGCUGGACUUUGAUGAGCGUGGAGAAGAUGUUACAGAGUUUUGCAACAUGGUCGGCGAGAUCAAGGAGGAGACAGAAGAGGCGGAGCCCAUGCUGGAUGCUGACCUCGAAUCAAGGCGCAAGAAGGCCGUGCCCGUGGCAUCAGAGUCGGAAUGGGCAUCAUCAUCCGUUGGUACAUCAUCAGCCACCCCCAUCAAUGACAUGACCUAUGCCAAGGGUUAUACGACAGCCACACCCAUGAUUCCAGACAGCCCAGCCAAAGUGUUCGUGAAGGUGGAGAUUGAGAUCCCCCGGCCAGUCAGAUCCGUACCUUGUUUGGCGCCCAGUUUUGAGGAUGUCCGGCCAGCCAAGCUGAUGGAGAUGAAGGUCUACGAGCUUUCGUCCGAGUGUGAGGCUUGGGGAAUUGCGACCUCAGGCAACAAGUCAGAGUUGCAGAAUCGGCUUGAGGCCUUCUUCCAAGGAGAACCAGUUCCUUGCAAGGGCUGCGCCAAGCAGUUCGUUCAGUUGAGAGUGGAUUCAUUGGAAGCCGGAACAGCAUCAUCACAGAAGCCGAUCACCCCAGGAGCACGCCCCAAGGCGACAGCCAAGAAAUCCGCAGCCAAGCCAAAGCCCACGGCAGCCCGUGGCUAUUCCUACGCCGCCGAGAAUGACCAGCCAGUCCAUGGUGAGAGCCAAGGGGAGUUCAGCCCAGCAACCCAGUUGCACAGCCUCGAGCGAGUGAUGUCGCCAGUGACGGGAACUUUUCGCACCACAACCAGCCCGAAGACGCCAUCCCCGGCCAGGUGGAGCAUCCGGCCAUGGACCCCAGAACAUCCGUACCGGUCCCAGCUGGCAUGGCGAUUGGGCAGAUUCCGCCGUGGCUCGGCUGCCCUUUUGGCGGUCAUCCUCUGGUCCUUCGUCGCAACCGGGAGGACGCAGGAUUGUUCUUCGGCUGCGGCUGCUAUGACUACCCUCGAUGCCGAGGCUAUGAAUCCACUUUGCCGGAAGGUAUGA